GUGUCUCUCUCUCUCUCUCUUGUACUUUCGUCUAUUUUAAAUUCUCUGUUUCUUCCUCUUUUCUCUUCAACUCUUUUUCCUCUACUUUUCCUUUUGCUAAACAAAUAGGUGAACAUGGGAAGCAAUUUGAAAGCAGUAGUGUUAUCUGUGUUCCUUUCAACCCUUUUGUUUUCGCUGGUCACCUCUGCUUCCAACAAUAGGUUGGUUAGGAUUGGACUGAAGAAGAUAAGAUUCGACCAAAACAACCGUCUUGCAGCGCGGCUCGAGUCCAAGGAGGCACAGGCUGUAAGAGCUUCUGUUUGGAAGUAUCAUCUCCGUAAUAGUCUUGGGGACUCUGAUAAGACGGAUAUUGUUCCAUUGAAGAACUACUUGGAUGCUCAGUAUUUUGGUGAGAUUGGCAUUGGUACACCCCCUCAAAUUUUCACUGUAAUUUUUGACACUGGCAGCUCUAAUCUGUGGGUGCCAUCAGAUAAGUGCUUUUUAUCGCUUGCGUGUUAUUUUCAUUCUAAGUACAAGUCAAGUGAGUCGAAAACUUACAAGAAGAAUGGGACAUCUGCUGCUAUCCAGUAUGGUACUGGAGCUAUUUCCGGUUUCUUUAGCUAUGAUGAUGUCAGAGUUGGGGACCUAGUUGUAAAGAGUCAGGAAUUCAUUGAGGCAACUAGAGAGCCUGGUGUCACAUUUUUGGUGGCGAAGUUUGAUGGCCUAUUAGGACUUGGAUUUCAGGAAAUUUCAGUUGGAAAUGCUACUCCUUUGUGGUACAACAUGGUUGAACAAGGUCUUAUUAAAGAGCCAGUAUUUUCGUUCUGGCUCAACCGUAAAACAGAGGAAGAAGCAGGGGGUGAACUUGUCUUUGGUGGGGUAGAUCCAAAUCACUUCAAGGGUGAACACACUUUUGUUCCUGUGACACGGAAAGGCUAUUGGCAGUUUGACAUGGGUGAUGUUCUUAUCGGUGGUAAACCAACUGGCUAUUGUACUGGCAGUUGUGCAGCUAUUGCAGAUUCUGGAACUUCCCUAAUGGCAGGUCCAACGGCUGUGAUUACAAUGAUAAAUCAAGCAAUUGGAGCCAAUGGAGUUGCUAGCCAGGAAUGCAAGGCAGUUGUUGAGCAGUAUGGACAAACAAUUAUUGACUUGCUUGUAGCUGAGGCAAACCCGAAGAAGAUCUGCUCCCAGAUUGGAUUGUGUACGUUUGAUGGUGCCCACAGAGUUAGUAUUGGCAUUGAGAGUGUCGUGGAAGAGAACAGUGGCAAAGCAUCUGGUGGAAUUCGUGAUGCUAUGUGCCCUCCUUGUGAAAUGGCAGUUGUGUGGAUGCAAAGCCAGCUAAAGCAGAAUCGGACACUAGAUUAUGUGCUGACCUAUGUCAAUGAGCUUUGUGAUAGGGUGCCAAGCCCAAUGGGAGAAUCUUCUGUGGAUUGUGGAAACAUUUCUAACAUGCCUACUGUUUCCUUCACAAUUGGUGGAAAAGUUUUUGACCUCAGCCCACAGGAGUACAUACUGAAGGUGGGUGAGGGUCCUACGGCUCAGUGCAUCAGUGGCUUUAUGGCUAUGGACAUUCCUCCUCCUCGUGGACCUCUCUGGAUAUUGGGGGAUAUCUUCAUGGGUCGCUACCACACUAUCUUUGAUGCUGGUAAACUGAGAGUUGGAUUUGCAGAGGCAGCAUAAACAAACUACCCUGGGCUGUGAUAUCUUUAUCUGUUUGCUGUCUGUGUGAAAACCUUAUUUAAACUUGAAGUUAAAUGGAGUAGAGUUAUGCUGCUUGUAUAUAUUUAAAAUGGAUCUCUUUUAUCCAUCUGAAAAGUUUAUCAUGUGUGCAAUGUGACCUUACUUAUUUACCAACCUCACAAUCGUCAAGUUUCAUGUGGGUCCUUUUUGCAA